AUGGGCGGACGCAAAGUUGUUGGCAUUGGCCCUCACUUUGUCGUCAACACGAUCAACGCAGAUCUCAGUUCCACGGGUCUACGCGUUUUUCAAAACCCCGCACAGAAUACUACCUACAUUGUCAUGGAACGUAUCAAAGGGCACAGUCUAGAUCUGGAGUGGUCUCGAAUGGACGUUGCAACGAAAGACGCUGUUGCCACCCAGCUUCGGAACACUUUCAGAGAUAUGCGAAAGCUGUCUUCUCCUGGUGGAUACUGCGGCGUCGACAAUGGAGGAUUACCGGACGGUAUUUUUUGGACAAGCGAUCCAUCGAAACCGUUCGCCGGACCAUUUGACUCCGAAACAGAACUCGAUGAAGCCAUGGUUCUCAAGUACACACAACAUGGCCUCUAG